CCCCCGACGGAAUGCAGACAGGAGCCGUCUCGUAGUACACUGUACACUUCUCUCAUUCACGCUGUCGACCCUCUUCGACGUCGCAGACGAAGUGUCGCGGGCGCGGUGAUUGCUGCGUGCGUUAUGGCCGGACAGAAACAGUGUAGUGUCCAUCUGUUCCACCGAAUCUUGGAAGAGCGUUCGGCAAGGAUUCUGCGCAGUGUAUCGUCGUGUUCGAAGCAGCUUCAGCACUGGAUGGUCUACUUUAUUUUUGAUGACGGAACAGUUCUAGAGUGUGAUGGAGAAGAAGACGCUAUCAGCCAGAAACUGCGUGGAAAUACACGGUUGAUAAAGCACAGCGAUGUGAAGUCCAUCAGAAAAGACAUGAUACUAUUGAAGGAUGGUGUUUGUCUCUCGAAAGGAGAUAUAAGAGAAGUGGUGGACGAACUGAACCUGAAUUGCGAGAAGUAUGACGUUGUCUCCAACAACUGCCAGCACUGGAUCAAAAGGCUGCUCGGACGGCUGGGUGUCCCAGUGUCUCACAUCGAUCUAGAAGAAGCCACUGCCAUUGGAGGUGCCUUCGUUGUGGUAGUCGCAGCUGCAGCUGCAGCUGCAGCUGCAGCUACAGCCUUGUUCCGUUCUGCGUCUCGUAAGUCAGAAGACUAAAGACCUUCAGAGUCACACCGAACAAGAGGACGUCGUGACGUAUCAUGGGCUCCGGCAAGUGUACGCUGACGGACAGCGGCACAGCUGAAGCAAGUGUCAGCGGUGUACGGGAUCCAGAAGAAAAAUAAGAAAGACACAGGGUUGUUUCCACGUCACGCCAGAAUGGGGUCCGCCUUCCGUGGCCGCUUUCUCCGAUGUUCUUUUUUUUUUUUUCAUGCACUCACACUGGACACUCUACUGAACAUUAUGUGUCGUUGUCGCUGCGCCAGAAACCUCCCAAUGAAUCAAUCAAUCAAUUCUGUGUCUAGCUGGUCGUUCUGGUAGGGAACUCCAGUUCCACUUGGUUUUCGGUCAUCAAGCGGUCAUCCCAAUUCGCAGACAGUUACCAACUGUUAGAACAAAACUAUUAAUCCCAUCAAUGUGCAACAUCAUUUCAGACAUCCGGUUCCCCUCAUGUUUUUCAAGCCCAUUUUUAUGCUCUGCAAGAUGCAAAGUUUUCUACGUAUGCCACAGCGUACACCGAUGGCGCAUCUAGAAAUGGCAAAUCACACCAAACCUCAUCCACAGCCGCAGACCUCUAUGCCACGUCCUCUGCAGCACUUUGUUUGUUUUACCCCUCGCGAAUGGGUCGUGUUCACUGACUCUGCAUAUGCGUUGGAAGCCACUCAAAACUUCUGGCAUCAGAGGCUCAUCAGCACCGUUAGUGAUGGACGUGCUAAUAGCUUCCAGCGUUGUCUAUGAAGCAGGGCAGAGGCUGGUUCUCCAGUGCGUUCCGGCCCAUAUUGCGGUGUCUAUGUGAAGGAGCGGGUCGACAGCGCCGCAGAAGCAGCUAUCUCGUGCCGGAGCCAGACGCGUAGUGCCCUGCUGACAGGAGAUCGUCCUUCCGUACUUUAACGCCUCGUGACUCCCAUGGACGGCCCCUUUCUGCCAAUGAACCGUUGACGUUCUCUCUCAGUCCUGCUGAGCAGAGUUGAUUCAGCGCUCGCUUUGCACAUGCCCCGGCAUACCUCUCCUCAAGAUGCUGCAUGGGUUCAUCGAAUGCACCUUGAUGUGGCUUUUACAGCACGGUGGCUACCGCUUCAGACAAGACGACUCUUCUCAAUGCUGUUACCAGGGUGCUGUAGAAGAACUAGACCACAUUCUUCUCCAUAGCCGACAUUGUCAACCUUCGCGAACCCUACUCUCUGGAUUCCAUAAAACGGACAGUCCGAGACAAAGUGAAAGUUGAUUUUUCCAACUGCCGCGGAUGCUUACAUGCUGUUCGGAAAGUUUAAGCUGACAUAGUGGCGUGCUUUUCGAGACGCUGAAUAAAAACUACUCCCCUGAAGA